AUGCAAACACAACUGAAAAACCGUCUAAGGUUGAUAAUACCGGCGCUGCUGUCUGGCUCCAAGGUGCUCAAGUCUUGCAUUCGCUGCCGCAAACAUAAAACCAAAUGUAAUGCUCUGGUAACCAAUCCUUUGCCUUGCACUCACUGUGCCAAACACAAGAUCAACUGUGUCUUGGAAGUGAUAACACCGCUGACUAACAGAUCGACUAUCGAUUUGGCUGAAAAACUUGCUGACGAAGUCUCCGACUUAAAACAGGUCAUGGCAAAGAUAAUCUCCAGAAGAAAUGCCUUGUUCGAAAAACUAGCCAGCAGCGGACUUGACAUUCAAACCCGCUCGGAGACCCCACCAGUAUCCGAAAUCCAAUCUUGCAUCAAUACCCCUCAAGACUUCGCCAUACCGUUGACAGCCCCUGAAAACGACAACGAACCUGUAUUUUCCAUUUCUGCAAAUAAAAGCUUGCAAUCGUUUGCUAUUUCGAACGCAACUGCAUCAAGACUCUUUGCUAACUACGAACGGAACUUCAACCAGUUUUUGCCCAUUUUUCCAGACAACUUCUUCAAAUCGAUAAAUUUGAAGACGUUUGCAAACGAGAAUGACUUGCUUUUCUGGUGCAUAAUCUUGACUUCAUAUUUAAACAACCCCGUAGACCAAUCGGCUCCAAGCUACCGUAUCUUGUCUGAACACAUCAAAUCUUUAGUUGUCGAGAAAUGCUGGCUCCAAACUCCAAGGUCAGUGUACGUCAUCUCGUCGUUGUUGAUUUUGACCACUUGGCCAUUGCCCAACACUAGUUCCAAAAUCUCUGACAACUUGUGUAUCAAGUUCAUUUCGACAAUGAAGGCAUUGUCGUUACAAUUUGGAUUGCACAAGUUGGAGUUCAUCAAUGAAUUCAGUCACAAGACCAAAAUGAACAUCUCACAAGAGGUCAAUCUUGACAACCUAAUCAGAGAAAGAAUAUAUAAGUUCAUCAACAUCAACUCCAACUACUGGCUCAUAAACUUGGGUUUAUCAAACAAUAAUUACAACGGAUUUACCCAGGACUACAUCAUCAACAAAUCCUCUAACAUAGACAUCUUGAACAAGACGUCUGAAGGUGAUCAUUACAUAAACUCACUCUUGAAGAUCUCUAUGAUCCAAUCAAAAUUGAACGAAAACAUGAAUAUUUUGAUAGGAAAUAACAGCGAGUCGGUUUCGUUAUUGCCUAACCAGUUGAAUACGUCCAAAUUGAUUAACUUCAAUAUGUUUGAAAUCAUCAUUGAUGACUUGAACAAGAUAUUGGUCAGAGAUGACAAUUCACUUGUAUUGAAUAAUUUGAUCAAGAUUUCAAUUGAGUUCUCCAAAUUGCAAUUGUUUGUGUAUUCCUUAUCUAAGUCUGAUAUCACAAUUUUGGAAUACAAACAUUAUAUUACAAAAGUGUUGAAAAGUUGUUUUAUCAUCUUCUCAUCGCAAUUCCAGGACAAUUCGUUGAACUUCAACCAAUUGCCUAUUCACUAUAAGUUUCCUAUUGAAUUGGCUAUGUUGAUCAUGCUCAGAGUAUUCAAGUCUCCAAUCAUGAACUCGAUCUCAGACUACAAGCUUGUCAAAGAAAAGUUCAACCAGAUGUACGACAACAUCAUCAUGGGUGGUAAGAACAACGAGGACUGGGAAUUUUUGAAUGCUAGAUUGAAUAAGGUUCUUCACAAGUUCAACAAAAUAGACAACAAGUUUAUCAUCCUGAAAAUGACGAGACAUAAUGACAAUGACAAAGUUGUACCUUCAUUUUUUCUUAUAAAUAAGAUGAAGAGCUAUCUCAUUGCAAGUUUGAACUACGAGAUGAUCUGGCUCAUCUACGAAAACGAACACACGCAAACUACAAUAAAUAACGAAGAAAUUAACUGGGAUGUUUUUGGGAUCAAAGACAAUAGAAUGGAUAUGAUUGAUUACUUGCAAAGUAACGAAUCUAUAUUUUACUAG